UUCAGAGUUCCAGCUUGGUAUUUACAGGUAGGACUUUUUCAGUUAGAAUAUUAGGUAGGAAUAUUAAUAUUCAAUUCCUAGAAUUCACUUAAUUACCAUGAAAAAACCAGCACAAAUUCCUCAGAAAAAAGAGAAGGAGCCUCUUCUCAUCUCGACAAUGAAGACAACCAGCAAGAAAAAGAAGCCCUCCAAGGUGAAUGUAAAAGCCAUGCAGUCAAUGCUUGAUAGUUCACUGAUUACCUCAAAUGUUCCCUUGAAGAUAAGUUUUAAUAAACCUUCAGUUGCUGUGAAGUCAAAGGAUGUGAAGAAAAAUGACUCAUCUCAGCCUCCAAAAGUCAAGAAGAGUGAGAACAUGCCACCUGUUGUUGGGUCUUCCAGCAGUUCUGCUUCAGGCGUAAAAAUGAAUGGCUCAAAUAAAGCGUCUGUAACCAAGGCACCCGUUCCAGUUGUUAGUCAGCCAAAGAAGAAUCAGAAAAUUGCUACCACAACUAAUGCAGAAAAUAGACACAAGAAUGUUCUUCCUAGAACUAAACCUUUUUCUGAUGCUAGCAUAAAGCAAAAUAUCAAUUUGGAGCAGAAUGAAGAAGUAGGAGUAGUGCAGAAAUUGGUUAAAAAAAUUAAAGAUGCUCAAAAAGGUAAAAAAAUUGAUACAAUUAAGACUAAGUCUGAAAACUUGGCUCAAAAAACUGCAGAAGUUUGUGACUCUGAUGUUUCUACAUCUAAAAGUCAAUUAAAAAGUAAUGACGGCAAGUCUGGAAGUAAACCCCUGAAGAAAUCAAAGAAUAUUGAAGAAGUGUCUAUUUUAACAGAAUACAAUGGCUCCUUAAAGAAGAAGUCAGUAAAAAGUAACAAUCAAAUGCAGAAAAGCCUUGUGAAGUUACCAUUGAAGAAACUUGGGAAUAUUGAGCCCUGUAGUUCAUCUCAAUUGCCCCUCUUGAAAGUGAAGAAAGAUAAAUCCAAGACUUCAGAGAAGAAAGCAGUAGAAACAAAGGUGGUGGAACCCAGCAAAGCACAGCCAAACAAUGAGAAAACCAAGCUGGAAAAUGAUAUUGAAGCAUUCAUUGAAGCAAGCCAGGAACACUUCCAACCCAAACCUAAGCACCUAGUUUUAUUGAACAGGAAGACUAUCACCGAAUCUUCAGAAGAUGAUGCUCAAAGUCAUGAAGAAGCUUGCCGUCAGUAUCCUAUUGUUCCUAAAAUUGUAAGUAGUUCCACGAGCAAGGGAGUUAUUUCUUCCAAAAUAAUAAAGAAGGUUCUUGUGAAGGCUAACAAAAAAGUGAAAAAGAUUGCCAAGUCAGAGCAAUCUGUUCAAAAUGCAGAGACUUUGCAGAAAGUUGAGAAGCAGUCUGAAUCUCUUGAUGAUGGAAAGCCAACAUUUGCAAGCAUUAUGAGUGAAGCACUACUUGCAAAGACAUCUGUUCAGAGUGAAGAAAAAGCACUUGAAGAGAAAGAGAAUGUGGCAGCUGAUGCACCUCAGCUUGUAGCUGCUAAGCGCCGGCCUGGAGCUGUGUCUCUAGAGGAGAAGCAGGCUCGGCUAGCUGAGCGUGAAGCUGCCAAGAGGAAGGCUAGAGCUACCAAGAGGAAAAUAAAGAAUGCCCGUCUAAGAGGACUUGACCCGGCCCUCAUUAUCUUACGAGAUGAGAUCUCCUCUCCAACCUUGCCACGGAAGCGUGUUGUUGAGAUCCUUGCUAAACUCACCGUCUGCAGUGAAGAAAAACUCAACUUCCAGUGGGCAGUGGAGUGUGCUGGUUUUCUUUCCAAGUUUCCCACAAACAUCUCUGCUGCCAGAACAUUCUUCCUGAUGUUUGAGAGGAUCAUUCAUUUGGGCUGUGAGAAGAUAGUGAAGGCAGCAUAUAGCAGCCCUGGCUUAGUAACGCCUGGUGUUGUGUCGGCUCUCCUUGUGCUCUUCUCCAGGAUGCUUUCUACCAUCAUUGGAGGCUCCUCGGAAUUCCACAGCAAAAUGGCAUCUUUGACCGGCAUGGUGGCUGCAGCCUGGAUUGACUUGACUGUCAUAAGCCAGGAGGGAGUUCCUAUAGAUGACGACGAGGACGAACUGAAGGCCGUUGCCAAGCACAUCCGUGAUACCAUCAUCACGCCUCUGUCGUCCGUGGAGCUGCUGGAGUGCGGACUGGAUGCCCUGCUCUGCUCCUAUACCCUUGCUGACGACGACCACAGAAAGCUGGCUAGAGCUCUUUGCGGAAAGUACCUGCAAAAGAUGCUGAACCCUAAUAUGGAAGUUCCCAUGAACGUGCGACCUCGACUUCCUGUCGUGACGUACGUCAAACUGCUGUGCCUCAUCAAGCAUCUGCACAACUUGCAAGUCAAAAACAACGUGAAGACUUUUCUGUCGGAGUUUGUGAAGCAGCACAGCUUGCCACGUGAGCCCCACGACCUGGUGUCCUGGUGCAAGUGCAACAAAGUAUCGCUGGUGCACAAGAAGAACUCGCCCCUCAUCAUCACUCUGCGCACCAUGGAGAUUCAGUCUAUGGCUCCUGUACUCUACUGUGACCGCUUUCACAGUUUGAAGCUUGAGAAGUACUCUAGGAAACCUAAGAAAACCAAGCUGCAUGUGAUCGAUGACAAACCUUUGGCCAACCUCGACAUUCUUCGACAACGUCUCAGGGAAGAAGAUUAUGAUAACGACGCACAGGAAUCUGGGCAGCCAUCGCAGGAUCUGUCUGGAGAUGAAGAACAAGAGAUGGCUGCUGCUGAGAAGAAGAGGAAGAGGGAUGAUGAUGCUGACGAAUUCGUAGACAUCCUCAAGAUUAAAUCCUGGAAGCCCCCUAAACUGGUGAAGGUUGAGCAAAAACCUAAGAAGCCAAACUUGGUUAAAUUGCCUGUGAUAGAAACAGAAGCUGAAAAGAGAGCCAAAAUUAAAGAUGAGAAGAGGAAACGUAUGGCUGAAAAGAAGGCGCGAAGGGAACAAGCAUUGAAGGAACAGGCGCUAAAUAAAGCCAAGAAGGCAGCUAGAAGUCUUGAUGAGUCUAGUAUCAAGGGAUCUGGAAUGCUUAAGAAUGAAAAAUCUACAAGUAACGAAUCUUCUUUUGAAGUAAUUGAAAAGCAGGCAGAAGAAGAUAAAGCUUCCAAGUCUGUGUGCGCUUCUGAAGAUGCUGAUGAUUCCAUAAUUAUUGUUGAAGAGCAUACAACGGAAGAGGAUGAAGACCGAGACGAUGAUGGCGUUGAAAAGGGAAAAGGCACAGUAGAUGUGACCUCAGAGCCUGAAAAAGAAAUUGACCAAACAAAUGAAUCAAGGGAGCAAAAAGAGACCAAAUUACCUGUUGUAGUUGAGAAAAUGCAAGCUGAGCAUAAAACGGCUAAUCUGAAAAUAUCUGAUACACGUGAGAAGAUGUUCUCAGAUAAGGAGAUUAAAAAGUAUAAGAGGAAGGCCCUCCGUGAGCUGGAGCUGCUUCGAGAGGAGGCAAAGCAAGCACGUGCCAAAGAACGUGAGGAGCAACAGGCUGCCAUGGAGGCAGCUCGCCUAGAGAGUGUGUUAGCGAACAAGGCGAAGCCCGCUAAGAUGGAUUGGUCAAAUUACAAGCAAGUCAAGGCGCCUCCGUCAGGUGGGCUGUCUAACCAGGGUAACCAAUUCCUCAAUGAGAUGUACAAGGCCAAGACAUCUAACCAGUUGGUCCAGGAAGAACGAAAUGUCAUUAAAGAGAUUGAUCGUAUGGCUCAUUUUGAGAAGAAAGUUAAGAGGAUCAGGUCUCGCGUCAAUAAACUUCAGAAGACCAAUGACCCCGAGGUUAAGAUUGAAGAACAGAAUACAGAACUUUCAGAGACAAAUGUAGAAGAUGAAAACCUUGAAGUCUCUGGAAUGGCAGAGAAGAAACCCGUAUCUCCUCCUGCUCGUUCAGAGCAAACAAAUAAAUCUGAUUUGGAAGUUGUUUUUGCAAGCAUUCCAUCACUUUCCGUCGCCGAAAAACGCAAAUCUUUGGAUGUCAGUGACGACGUGAAUCCAAAUGUCAAGAAAUUGCCCAAGUCAGCAAUUUGUAUGGAGCAGAAAUUGCACAACGGUUGCAUGCGUGCAAUAAAGGCGAAUGAACAUUAUGGAAAAUUUGUUUCGGCUAUGGUGUCAUCAAGCGCUGCUGAGAAGUACGAGAGAGAGCUUCUGGAGAAGAAAGAGAAACUUGCUAAAGGACUUCUCAUCAUGAGGGAUGAUUUUGCUCCUCAUCCUGAAGAAAUUCUGUUCAAAGAGGAACGCCAGGAAGAAGGAAAUGAAACCUCUGAAUCUGGAGAUGAGGCUGAAGAAUUUGAAGAAAAUGACAGUGAGAGUGGAGUUGAUGAAUCAGAGGAGAAUAAUUCCGAGAGCGAGGAUCUAGAGGAGGAGAAAGAACAGCAACGUGGCUCUGCCGAAGGUGAGCCCCAGGAGGAAGGCUCUGAUUCGGAUGUAGAUGAAGAAAAUACAAACGCAAACAGAGCGAAUGAUGCUGAGGACACUGUAAGUGUUAAUAAUUUUGUUGAAGCUAGUGCCAGAUGUGAAGAUGGCAUAGAUGAAGACAUUCAAGUCACUGUUGAAAAUGAUGGUAAUUAUAUUGAGGAAUGUGAUGUGCAUAUGAAACCUAUGGAUGAAGAACAGAAGUCAGAUGAUUCCAUUGAAGAGCUGAGUGAAAAUGAUUGCUCAAAAGUUGUAAAAGGAAAUGAGCAGACUGUUGACAGCAACAGUGACUCGUUUAGUGGAAAAACAGACCACAAUUAUGUAUCCAAGAAAGAGCAAACUGAAGUUUCUACUGAAGAGAACGAUAAAGAAACGUCUUUCAAGUUGGCGCUCAACUGUGAUGACUCAGGUGACGAGGGAAAACUUCAGAUUGAUGAUAAAGCUGACUCAGGUGACGAGGACAAACUUCAGAGUGAUGAUGUGAGCGCUACUGAACUAAGUCAAACAACACUUGUUGAAUUAGAGGGAAAUAGAACCAAGCAUACUUCUUUGCAGCCAGUGUAUGAAAGUACCGACGAUCAGAAAACUGAUGACGAAGCGCUUUUCAGCGAAGUUCCUGAAACUGAUAACGAAAUUGACGCGCAAGUUGAAAGUACCUUGGUGUUUUUGAAUUCUCCUCAAGUCAAUUCAAAGCCCUUGUCUCCAUCAGUAGUUCACUCACUCCAAUCAGAGCGCUCUGCCUUUAGUGAGCAAACAGCAUCCACACCUAAAGUGUCACUAAGCAAUACUCGUCAAGUUCCCAAACUCCGCACUCCUCUCAGUUCAAUUUCUGCUCGCAGUUCUGUCUCUCCUUCAUCUAGUCUCAAGUCUCCUAAAGUCUCCUUACUAAAGUCGGAUUCAGCACUCAACUUGAAGGCUCUGGACUUGAAUUACUCUGAGAAACCUAACGAGAGUCAAUUUACUGCCCCCGACGUGGCAGAACGAAAGAGUCCCAUCAUCAAAACAGCAAUUCAAGCCUCUCCUAAAACGAAUCAAAAGAGUUCUACUUAUUCUGAUGAGCCCAAGACGAUGAGGCAGGAAUCGCCUAAGCCCAUAGCUACUUUGGAUUCGCCAAAACGCUUAGUUUGUCAUUCCGAAUCAAAACAAUUGGACAAAUCAACACCGAUGGAAAUUUCAAAAGUCGUAUCCCACAAACUAGAUACACUCACAACAGGAAGUCCUAAGUCCGACUCUCCUAAAGUAGGUACUCCAAAGUCAGACACUUCUAAAGUAGGUACUCCCAAGUCUGACACUUCUGAAGUGGGUACUCCCAAGUCUGUCGCUUCUAAAGUGGGUACUCCCAAGUCUGACGCUUCUANUCCCAAGUCUGCU